UGAAUCAGGACCAGAUUAUGAAUCCAAACAGGAGCGAUGACAUAAAGACGGCGCCAGGAGUCAACGAAACGCAAACGGAUGGGAAUAACUCCACAAACCAAAACACCCAACCUCAAGAUUCUCGGAAUCCGAGACACUCCGAUGGAUACACCAUGAUCCCACCAAAUGAAUCAAGACGGAGCAAACUGCUGAGAAUGUCACAGAAAGAACAGAAUGAUCUGCAGAGAUGGAAGGAGGAACAUCAGCCUGGCCCCAUUCAACUGGCCCCAGAAAAGCUGGGUGGGGAUGUAUCAUUGUCAGAGGUACGACAGAGACAGCAGAUAGUGGCCCACCAGUCUAAACUCAAGAAAAAGCUCAUACAAGAGGACAGGAACCAACGCAGGAGAGAAGCAGAGGAAGAAGAGAAUCAGAGGAUGAAGGACAUUCAGAGAGAGAAGGCCACCAGACUAGAAAUGAAGAAAAAGCAGGAGGAGGAAAGAAGAAAGGAGCUGUACCAACAUGAACUCCUAAUGAAAAGAGAAGAGCAUCUUCAAAGGCUCGAGAGGUCCGGCUCAGUUCCUAUGGCAGCAAGCAGCUCCACACCCACGUCAUCAUGGGCUCGAGGGCACGAAUACAGGGAGGCCAGGAAGGCCGAGGAACAAAUGGCCCUGCAGCAGAAGAAAGAUGAGCAAAGAAGGAAGAGUCAAAUCUUGGAAGAAAAACAAAAACAAGAAGAGGAGGACAGGAAAAGACAAAUGGAAAAUGAACGGCUGCGGGUGAACACGGCCUUCCUAGACAGACUGGAGGCGAGAGGAUCAGGUAGAGCGUCUGAGUUGCUCCCCUGCACGCCGGAGCUUGGUAAUGUCUGGCAGACGGAGGAACCGCAGGACCCUGCCUCGUCCCCUGUGCCCUUCCCAUCACAGCUUCACACUGACAGCGCAGCGGAGGAGGAUACUGACUUCGAGUGGGUUGUAAUGAAGCUACAGAAUAAGUUCUCUUACUGUCAGCGAGAGUAUCUGGAAGACAUUGUCUCUCAAUGUAACGGCAAUUACCAGCAAGCUUAUGAUCUACUCAAUGCUUAAAUGAGAAUGUUACUGGCUCAAAUCUUUAGUGUUGGGGACACUACUAGCUUAACUACUUUUUUUUUUGUUUCUAUUUUUUUUUUUCUAUUUUCUCUAAACAAGCUACUUUUUCACCAAGAAGCACUGAAGCAGUUUGUUACACAACACCUUCUCGUUACUUCUUCCCUUUUCCUUACUAGAUCAAUGUUUUGAAUCAAGCAAAACGCAAUCUGUGCAAACUAUUGCAUCUUUCAGGAACCAAAUUCAAUAUAUGUAAUUGGUGUAAAUGUACGUUGGGGCACAGGCUCACAGGUUCACUGAUCUGUGUGGAGAAAAAAAAGGAUCAUGCUAUACAGUUACACUAGGAUCUACUAGUGAUGAAAACAAGAAUUUCAAGGCCAUGUUCAUCAGUGUUUAUGAGUGUGAAAGAUUCACAUAGUAACGUGUACAUGGGUAGUAGCUUGUAGUAGCUUUUCUUAGUAGCUAGCUUCUUUAUCAAAUGUGUAGUUUGGCUAUUGCCUAGCUAUUUUAAAUUAUGAGUUGCUUGCAGCUUGGCAAGUGACAAUGGCAAAGUAGCAUUCCCAAACACUGCAAAACAUAUACACAAAGCCAUUCAAUUCAAGAAAGGUCUCUGUUAAGACUUCCUUCUUCUGUACUCUGAUGACAAUAAAUAAAUGUUCCUCUUAACCUAGCUGAGCAUGCCAGACAUAUCAUUCUGUCCUCCCAGUUAUGAAAGAUCACCUUCUAAUGAGAUUUUUAAAUUUUUUUUUAAGCGUGCCAGUAGUCUGAGGUAACUCAUUCAAACUAAGAUCAACAGUUCCCAAGGGCAUUUGCUGGUUUGUACUCACAAGCCUAAACACUGAUUUAUAAUUCACAUUAGUGUUAUAGAGAGAGACAGAAUGAGACCAAAGCAGCACACAGAUCACUGGCCAAAUGACUGUUUUUUUGUAUCCUGUACUGUGCAUGAACUUACCAGUUGAGCCAUUGCUCAAUCCAGCACAUGCAGUCAUGAAAAAACUGGAAAUUGAUGUUUCAUCUCACACCAAGAGGGGAAGAGUGCAGGUGUGUGUCGAUGUGUGUGGUCGGGAUCCUGAUCCAACUAUUACAUCCUGCAAGAUCAGGCUUUCCAACAGCAUCAAAGUUAAUGGAAUAGGAGCACAGAGGCCUUUUCACCCGGCUUGAAGGAACAUACACUACACUUUGCAAUCACCAAUAAUUUUGGUACCACAUGUUGACAUUGAAUCACGAUUAAUCAUAUUCAAGUGCAGGAAGGGACGAAUUUUGCACUUAUUAUGUUAAUCUAUCCCCCUAUUAAAUAGGCCAUUUCCUGUUAUAGCCAGCUUG